AAAACGGCAACUUGGAAGUUUUUGACCUCUACCAUCUGCCGUCGAUACCCCCUACUUUCUAAUUGCUAAUACGCAAUCAUGGGUGCUUCUCAAUCGUCUGUAGCGCCGGAAAAGAAGGACCUGCGCAUGGUCAUCAUGGGUCCCCCCGGCGCGGGCAAAGGCACUCAAGCUCCACGUAUCAAGGAGGAAUUCUGCAUUUGUCACCUCGCCACUGGCGAUAUGCUUCGUGCCGCUGUAAGAGCAGGAACUCAGAUUGGCAAGGAAGCAAAGAAGGUCAUGGACGCUGGUGGCCUUGUCAGCGAUGAAAUCAUGGUCAACUUGAUCCGUGAGAAUCUCGACACCAACCCAGAAUGCAAAAAGGGUUUCAUUUUGGAUGGGUUCCCUCGUACAGUUGUGCAGGCUGAGAAGCUGGACGAGAUGCUUGAGGCCAGAAGCAAGCCUCUCCAAGCUGCUGUCGAGCUUCAAAUCGAUGACAGUCUUCUUGUCUCUAGGAUUACUGGACGUUUGAUUCACCCUGCUAGUGGGAGAAGUUACCACCUGAAGUUUAACCCACCAAAGGUUCCGGGUAAGGAUGAUAUUACCGGUGAGCCUUUGAUCCAGCGAUCGGACGACAACGCCGCCACCCUUGUGAAGCGUUUGGAAAGCUACCACCAGCAGACGCAGCCUGUUGCCGAUUAUUACAAACGCAAGGGCAUUUGGUACGGCGUCGACGCGGCCCAAUCUCCUACAGCAGUCUGGGCAAGUCUUUCCGCUAUCUUCCAAAAGAUCUAAGGGGAGCGCCUCCGCCACCUUAGGACAUCAAUUCGAUAUUUAUGGCUUUAGUUGCGUACCGGUCGUAGGCGGACGUGGAGUCGUUAGCAUGGCAUAUGUAGCGUUCCUAGAUACCUAAUGUUUUUACGCCUCUGAAUGCUGCUAAUACGCAACGGUACUAUUUACACUAUCUAUGGCUUGAUCUAAGAAUUAUUAAUACGUAAUUAGGUUUCUAUUCUCUCCAA